UUGAUCACUUGAUCAGACAUCAGAGUAUCAGACCCCGUCUAUCACCUUCUCUGCGGUCACUCAACCAACCGGAUCUAGGGUUUUAGCCUCUCUCUCUCCUCUCCUCUCCUCUUUUCUUUUCUCCAAAAUCCCCUAAUUUUAUCUCUCCUCUAUUCUAAGCUAUGGAGUCCAGAGCACCCGACACCAACUACGAGGCGGAGGUUAACGAAGAUAUUCACGAUAAUCCUUCUUCCCAUCACAACGAAGAAGAUGACGAUAGGUCUCAGCCUCUUACUGGCGAUGGCGCCAGUCCUGGAAAGAUAUUCAUAGGAGGUUUAGCUAGAGAAACAACUGCUGCGCAAUUUGUCAAGCAUUUUGGCAAGUAUGGAGAAAUCACGGAUUCUGUAAUUAUGAAGGAUCGAAGGACUGGUCAACCACGUGGAUUUGGAUUCAUCACUUAUGCAGAUCCUGUUGUAGUGGAUCAAGUAAUUCAGGAAACUCACGUUCUAAAUGGGAAACAAGUUGAAAUCAAGCGAACAAUACCGAAGGGUGCAAUUGGCUCCAAGGAUUUCAAAACAAAAAAGAUAUUUGUUGGUGGAAUUCCUACAUCAGUUAAUGAAGAUGAGUUCAACGAUUUCUUUUCCACGUUUGGUGUGGUAAAAGAGCAUCAAAUAAUGAGGGACCAUGCUUCUAAUCGUUCUCGAGGCUUUGGAUUUGUUACUUUUGAUUCAGAAGAAGCUGUUGAUGAACUUUUGUCAAAAGGAAACAGGAUAGAUUUUGCUGGAACUAAGGUGGAGGUAAAGAAGGCAGAGCCGAAGAAGCCAAAUGCUCCCCCACCUUCUUCCAAACGUUACAGUGAUUCAAGACCUUCCUAUGGUGGGGGAUUUGGCAGUGAUUCAUAUGGUGGUGAGUAUGGAGGAGGUGGAUAUGGUCCUGCUUCCUAUCGAGCUGGCAGUGCUUAUGGGGCACGAGCUGGCGGAUAUGGUGGGUAUGGUGGAAGUGAAUUUAGCAGUUAUGGAGGAUAUGUUGCAGGUGCCAUGGGUGCUGCUUAUAGGGGUGACAUCUCUUAUGGAUAUUCUGGCCGUUAUGGUGGUGGAUACAGUAGAGGUUAUGACAUGGGUGGUAGUGGCUAUGGUGGUCCUGGUGAAGGUUAUGGGGCUUAUGGAGGGGCUGCAGCUGGAAGCGGAUACGGGGGAGGUUACGAUUCUGCAAUCGGAGGUAGCUAUGGAGGCAGUACUGGAGGUUCUUCUUUAUAUGGCAGCGGCAGUAGCAGUAGCAGUAGAGGAGGUUUUGGUGGUGCAGCAGCAGCAAACAGCCGCUAUCAUCCAUAUUCUAGGUAGCAGGAUGGAAGAAACAGUCCAAUGGAAGAAAGGACCCCUUUUGCUUCUGCUAAGUUUGACGUAUUCUGUUUACUUGUCGUUUUUACUUUUUGUUUUGGCAUUUAAUGAUCUAGGAAACCUGAGCUCUUUUGUACUGAUGGAGGCCAUUUUUUCAUUGUACCGAUCAAUUGAAAAAUGUAUUGUUAAUUCCAUUCAGGGAGACUAUAACCUGCGUGAUUUUGUUUGCUAAUUUACUAGAUACAAAGGAAAUCAAGCAAUGAACCAGUUAAGGAAAUAAAGUCUGCAACUUUAUUUGGGUGACA